GGCAGCGACCAAUAGGAGCGAGCCCGGUCCCGCCCCUUGGCCAAUCAGAAGGAGAGGGCGGGGCUGGCGGCGGAGGGAGGCUGGCGCGGCCCUUGCACUGCAGACACUCGGGAGCUGCCGGGGCCGGGCCGGGUUCGUGCGGUGCAGCCUCAGGUUCUCACCCCAAGGAUGUGGUCGCUCGUGCCAUUGUGGCUGGUGCUGUCCGGAGCGGUGGCCUCCCUGCGGUGCCCCGAUGGGCAGCUGUGCCAGGGGCUUGACGUCUGCUGCCGGGAUCCCGGAGGGGACGGCUACGCCUGCUGCCCCCCACCUCUGGGCUCCCCGCACUCCCUGCCUAUGACCCAGGCCAGCAGCGUGGCCGAGCCUGCCGGGACCAUGUGCCCCGAUGGUACCCAGUGCCCCGCCGAAUACAGCUGCCUGCGCACGCCGGCUGGCUCCUUCAGCUGCUGCCCAUUGUCGGAGGCCGUCGCCUGCGCCGACAGGCAUCACUGCUGCCCCCGGGGGUCCCACUGCAGUGCCGACGGCAGAUCCUGCUUCCUGCUCCCAGGUCUCCCAGCCGCUGGAGCUGUCCAGUGCCCUGAUGGCGAAUCAGAGUGUCCCAAUGAGUCCACCUGCUGCAUGAUGCCCACUGGCUCCUGGGGGUGCUGCCCCAUGCCACAGGCCGCCUGCUGCACGGACAAGGUGCACUGCUGCCCCCAUGCCACCACCUGCGACCUGGAACGUGCCCGCUGCCUCUCAGCCACUGGGGAGCAGCCCCUGGGCAGCAAGGUGCCAGCGCGGAAGCGAGCGCCGUGGCAGGGAGUGCCAGUCUCGCUCGGCGCGAUCACCUGCCCCGACCACAAGUCAGUGUGUCAGGACGGCACCACCUGCUGCCAGCUGCCGACCAGCCAGUACGGCUGCUGCCCACUGCAGAACGCCGUGUGCUGCAGCGAUCACCUGCACUGCUGCCCCAAAGGCACCACCUGCGACCUGCAACACUCAAAAUGUGCCUCGGCGCUGGGCCAGAUGCAGCCUCUCACCCGGCUCCUGGACGCCUCUGAGAGAGCUCGAGAGGUUCGCUGCGACGAGCAGACCAGCUGUCCUGACGGCAGCACCUGCUGCAGGCGGAGCACAGGGGCCUGGGCCUGCUGCCCCCUGGUGGAGGCCGUGUGCUGCCAGGACCACGUCCAUUGCUGCCCCAAGGGCUACACGUGCGACCUGGCGGGGGGCAGCUGCCAGCCGCCCGCUGUCUCUGUCCCCUGGCUGGAGAAAACCCCGGCGCGAGUGCGAGCGCCCUCUAGGGGCCGAGACGUGCAGUGCGACGAGCAGACCAGCUGUCCUGAGGGCAACACCUGCUGCAGGCUGAGCACAGGGGCCUGGGGCUGCUGCCCCCUGGUGGAGGCCGUGUGCUGCCAGGACCACGUCCAUUGCUGCCCCAAGGGCUACACGUGCGACCCGGCGGGGGGCAGCUGCCAGCAGGCCCUGCUCUCUGUGCCCUGGCUGGAGAAAACCCCGGCGCGAGUGCGAGCGCCCUCUAGGGGCCGAGACGUGCAGUGCGAUGAGCAGACCAGCUGUCCUGAGGGCAACACCUGCUGCAGGCUGAGCACAGGGGCCUGGGGCUGCUGCCCCCUGGUGGAGGCCGUGUGCUGCCAGGACCACGUCCAUUGCUGCCCCAAGGGCUACACGUGCGACCCGGCGGGGGGCAGCUGCCAGCAGGCCCUGCUCUCUGUGCCCUGGGCACCCAAGGCUCCAGCUCACAUUAUUGGCGCCGCCCAGAGCCGAGGCGUGAAGUGCAACCAGACGGUCAGCUGCGAGGACGGGCAGACCUGCUGCAAGAGCGGGACGGGCUCCUGGGCCUGCUGCCAUCUGCCAAAUGCUGUGUGCUGUGAGGAUCACCAGCACUGCUGCCCAUGGGGCUACACCUGCAACCUGGCCACACAGAGCUGUGAGAAGCACCAGGCCGGGCGGGUGCUGCCCGUGGGCCUGAGCCUCUCCGCCUCCCUGCUGCCCGCCAGCCCGGAGCCCAGCAACGACGUGACCUGCGACGCCCAGCACUACUGCCCUGCCCGCCAGACCUGCUGCAAGGCUGCCAUGGGCGCCUGGGCGUGCUGCCCCUACCACUGGGGCUCCUGCUGCUCCGACAAGCGCCACUGCUGCCCCUGGGGCUACCGCUGCUCCAAGUCGGGCCUCGACUGCAGGCGGCGCUGGCUCCUGCGCUGGGACGCCGGCGCCCCCCAGGCCCACCGGCUGCUGUGAAGUGCCUGUGGGGGCACCCCCAGGCCAACCCAGUGCUGAGGGGGGAGUGGGGAUUGCUCUGGCCCCUCACUCUCACUUCCAGCCUCAGGGCCCUUGUCUCUGGCUGCCCCAGGGCACACAGACCCUACUCUCCGCAGGACCUGUCCCCCCAGCCCCCGUGGAGCUAAGUACGGGGCUCUAAGCCCCCCCCCCCCCUUGCUGUGGGAGUUUAACCCCAGACGCAGCAGUGUGGGCGCACGUAGCUGGGUGCUUCGUCCUCUGCUCCCAGUGCUGCUGCCACCCCCAAAGGCGCCGCAGGCACCAGGAGUGCCCCUUUCCUGCUGGAGGCCUGAAGGGUAAGGGUCCCCCCCCCAGCCUCUUCUCCUUCUGUGGGUGCCUUGAAGCAGGGCCGGGCCAGGCCUUGCUCCCCCACCACAGGGGAGCCAGGGACGCUGGGCUGCUUUGCUUUCUGCACCCCGGGGGCAGCUGCCUCUCCCGGGCACUCAGGCCCCUCCCAGCCUCCUGUUGUGCUGGAUGUGAAAGUCGCGCCUGGGCCGGCAGCAGGGGCAGGGCUGGGACAUGGGCACUGCAGAGUCCAGCUCCUAGGGCCCUCCUACCCCCCUCCCUGAGCGUGCCUGGCCCUGAGCUCCUGCCUUAGUCUAAUCCCCCUGGUCAGGGGAGUCUCUGCUGCCCCCCUCACAGCUGCCCUGCGAGCCCCGGGCUGGCCUGGCAUCAUGCCCUGUGCUCACCACCUCCCCUCAGUGCCCCACCUGGGCUGGAGCCUGUGCCAGGAAGUGGGGCCACGGGGGCUGAAGUGGCUGGAAGAGCGUGAGAACCAAUAAAGGGUGUGGAGGAA